AUGCCGGAUAUUUUGAGCGAGAAGCGGCCGCCUCAAGAUUGGCAAUACGACUGGAGAAUUUUCCACAGUACAGGAUCCGCAGGUUUGGGAAACGAGUCACUGCCAGAAAAGUGGCCCAAACCAGCAUGGACUCAGACCCCAAAGCUUGAUCCAAAUAUCAAAGCCAUCCUCACCACUGAGAAGAUGCAACGUGACUUGAUAAAGCAAUUCAGAAUGACGCUCAACUAUCUGACCCGGUGCCCCAAGCGCCUGGACCCUUUUGGCCCGACCAAGACACGACUCAUUCGCGAGGAUCAUGGUCUUACUAUUGGAGAUUUGCCGGACACUUCUCCACUUGCGACCCUGGAAUACCCGAGAUGCAUGGUGAGGCCUAUGCAUGUACGCACCAAAAUCGGCAAGUACGCUCGCGUGCAGCCUUCGGUUAUGGCGCUCUGGUGUCAAGAUGACACAUUGCUGCGAACAUGUACGAAUCCGCAAUUUCAUCCUGCCAAAGUUGUGCUCGAUUUCGCAUUUGAAAUGCCGCGCAUCCUCGUGGAUACUGGAUCCAUAGUGGACACGAGAAACGGCGGAGUGGCACGAUUAUCCGAAAAGUCCCUGACAUCUCGUUACGAAGUCUCAUGCGACAUCUCCGAAGAUCAGAUUAUGCAGGCAAGAAUGAUAAAUUACAGAAGCUCCUGGCAAAUGGAUCGAUCUGGCGAAAAUUAUGACUUGGACCUCACUGCUCAGCGUGGUUCCGAAGACUUUGAAAACGAAGCUUGCUAG